AGAGUGGAAGUAACGAGGACAGACGGAAAAUGAAGCCAGCGCUGGGUGAGCCCACGAGACGGCGGCCAACAGUGGAGAAACGCGAAUUUGGUUCCUUCUUUUCCGUCCCCCAGGCGUGAAUCGCCUCCAGUGCGCCCUCAGGACCGAAAAGGAAAAUAAUCCAUCCUAGUAACAGCAUUGCUCCUCUGUCGCCCCGGCCUGUUUGGAACUCUGGCUGCUUCUUAGCCCAGCCGCCUCGUGGGCUCGGACGCAGUGUCCGAGGAGCCCUGCAGAUGGGGCAAGCUGAGAACUGGCGCCCAAGCCGCGGGUGACACGCGCUGGCCCGCUCCCCUGCCCCACUCCGUGCAGGGACCAGGCUGGUGGGGGAUGCAGGACGGAGGAACCCUGGAGCUGUUCUGAGACUGCCGAGGGCGCGCUAGGCUCCAACUUGCAUGGCCCGGAGACCGCUCCAGCUCCUUGCAGCGCUUCGUCGCGCCUAGUGAAGCGGCGCUCGGGACCUGGAGGCGGGGACCUCAGGUGGCGGCUGCAGAGGGGCGAGCCGGGAGCAGGAGGGGGCGCGCUUUCUCCCUGCGGGUCUCAGUAAUGAGGAGACCGAGUUUGUGGUGGCUGUUGAGCAGGGUCUGUUUACUGCUGCCGCCGCCCUGUGCUCUGGUACUGGCCGGGGUGCCCGGCUCCUCCUCGCACCCGCAGCCGUGUCAGAUCCUCAAGCGCAUCGGCCACGCUGUGCGGGUGGGCGCGGUGCACUUACAGCCCUGGACCACAGCCCCACGCUCAACCAGCCGCGCUCCGGACGGCAGCCGGGCGGGUGCUCAGAGAGAUGAGCCGGAGCCAGGGACUUGGAGACCCCCGGCGCCCCCUCAGGGCGCACGUCGGCUGGGGAGUGCUUUGCAUGGCCGGUUACCGCCCGGCGCCCGGAAGCCCGGAGAGGACUCCAGGGCCGAGACUCUGUGGCCACGGGACGCCCUCUUAUUCGCCGUGGACAACCUGAACCGCGUGGAAGGGUUGCUGCCCUACAACCUGUCUUUGGAAGUAGUGAUGGCUAUCGAGGCGGGCCUGGGUGACCUGCCGCUUUUGCCCUUCUCCUCGCCCAGCUCGCCGUGGAGCAGUGACCCUUUCUCCUUUCUGCAGAGCGUGUGCCACACAGUGGUGGUGCAAGGGGUGUCGGCGCUGCUGGCCUUCCCCCAGAGCCAGGGCGAGAUGAUGGAGCUCGACUUGGUCAGCUCAGCCCUACACAUCCCAGUGAUCAGCAUCGUGCGCCGUGAGUUUCCGCGGGAGAGUCAGAAUCCCCUUCACCUACAGCUGAGUUUAGAAAAUUCAUUAAGUUCUGAUGCUGAUGUCACUGUCUCAAUCCUGACCAUGAACAACUGGUACAAUUUUAGCUUGUUGCUGUGCCAGGAAGACUGGAACAUCACCGACUUCCUCCUCUUUACCCAGAAUAAUUCCAAGUUCCAACUCGGGUCUAUCAUCAACAUCACUGCUAAUCUCUCCUCCACCAAGGACCUCUUAAGCUUUCUACAGGUCCAGCUCGAGAGUGUUAAGAACAGCACACCCACAGUGGUGAUGUUUGGCUGCGACAUGGAGAGCAUCCGGCAGAUUUUUGAAAUUUCCACCCAGUUUGAGGUAACACACCUGGAAUUUCAUUGGGUGCUGGGAGAUUCCCAGAAUGUGGAAGAACUGAGGACCGAAGGUCUGCCUUUAGGGCUAAUUGCUCAUGGAAAAACAACACAAUCUGUCUUUGAGUACUACGUACAAGAUGCCAUGGAGCUAGUCGCAAGAGCUGUAGCUACAGCCACCAUGAUUCAGCCAGAACUUGCGCUCAUUCCCAGCACGAUGAAUUGCAUGGAAGUGAAAACUACAAACCUCACUUCAGGACAAUAUUUAUCAAGGUUUCUAGCCAACACCACUUUCAGAGGCCUCAGUGGCUCCAUCAAAGUAAGAGGUUCUACCAUUAUCAGCUCAGAAAACAACUUUUUCAUCUGGAAUUUGCAACAUGACCCUAUGGGAAAGCCAAUGUGGACACGCUUGGGCAGCUGGCAGGGUGGCAAGAUUGUCAUGGACUACGGAAUAUGGACAGAGCAGGCCCAGAGGCACAAAACUCACUUUCAGCACUCAAGUAAGCUACACUUAAGAGUAGUAACCCUGAUUGAACACCCAUUUGUCUUCACAAGGGAAGUAGAUGAUGAAGGCUUGUGCCCUGCAGGACAACUCUGUCUAGAUCCUAUGACUAAUGACUCUUCCCUAUUGGACAGCCUAUUCAGUAGCCUCCAUAGCAGUAAUGAUACAGUGCCAAUACAAUUCAAGAAAUGCUGCUACGGAUAUUGCAUUGAUUUGCUGGAAAAGCUAGCAGAAGACAUGCAUUUUGACUUUGACCUUUAUAUUGUUGGAGAUGGAAAAUAUGGAGCCUGGAAAAAUGGCCACUGGACUGGGCUGGUGGGUGAUCUUCUGAAUGGGACUGCCCACAUGGCAGUAACUUCCUUCAGCAUUAAUACUGCACGCAGCCAAGUGAUAGAUUUCACCAGCCCUUUCUUCUCCACCAGCUUGGGCAUCUUAGUGAGGACCCGAGACACAGCAGCUCCUAUUGGAGCCUUCAUGUGGCCAUUGCACUGGACAAUGUGGCUGGGGAUUUUUGUUGCUCUGCACAUCACUGCCAUCUUCCUCACACUGUAUGAAUGGAAGAGCCCCUUUGGUAUGACUCCCAAGGGCCGAAACAGGAGCAAAGUGUUCUCUUUCUCUUCAGCCUUGAAUGUCUGUUAUGCCCUCUUGUUUGGUAGAACGGCAGCGAUCAAACCUCCAAAAUGUUGGACUGGAAGAUUUCUAAUGAACCUUUGGGCCAUUUUCUGUAUGUUUUGUCUCUCUACAUAUACAGCAAACUUGGCUGCUGUCAUGGUAGGUGAGAAGAUCUAUGAAGAGCUUUCUGGAAUACAUGACCCUAAGCUUCAUCAUCCUUCCCAAGGCUUCCGGUUUGGAACUGUCCGGGAAAGCAGUGCUGAAGACUAUGUGAGGCAAAGUUUCCCAGAGAUGCACGAGUACAUGAGAAGAUACAAUGUACCUGCCACCCCUGAUGGAGUACGGUAUCUGAAGAAUGAUCCAGAGAAACUAGACGCCUUCAUCAUGGACAAAGCCCUUCUGGAUUAUGAGGUGUCAAUAGAUGCAGACUGCAAACUUCUGACAGUGGGGAAACCAUUUGCCAUAGAAGGAUAUGGCAUUGGUCUGCCGCCCAACUCUCCACUGACCUCCAAUAUAUCUGAGUUGAUCAGUCAGUACAAAUCACAUGGGUUUAUGGAUGUGCUUCAUGACAAGUGGUACAAGGUGGUUCCCUGUGGCAAGAGGAGUUUUGCUGUUACUGAGACUUUGCAAAUGGGCAUCAAACAUUUCUCUGGGCUCUUUGUGCUGCUGUGUGUUGGAUUCGGUCUGUCCAUCUUGACAACCAUUGGUGAGCACAUUGUGUACAGGUUGCUGCUACCACGAAUCAAAAACAAGUCCAAGCUGCAAUACUGGCUGCACACCAGUCAGAGAUUUCAUAGAGCAUUAAACACAUCGUAUGUAGAAGAAAAGCAGCAGCGUUUCAAGACCAAACACGUGGAAAAGAGGACCAACAUAGGACCCCGCCAGCUCAUGGUAUGGAAUACUUCCAACUUGAGUCAUGACAAUCAACGCAAAUACAUUUUCAGUGACGAAGGAGAAUCAAACCAGCUGGGUAUCCAAGCCCACCAAGAUAUCCCACUCCCACCAAGGAGGAGAGAGCUCCCAGCCACGGUGACCACCAAUGGGAAAGCGGACUCCCUCAACCUAGCCCGGAACUCAGUGAUGCAGGAACUCUCAGAGCUUGAGAAGCAGAUUCAAGUGAUCCGCCAGGAGCUGCAAUUGGCUGUGAGCAGGAAAACGGAGCUGGAGGAAUAUCAAAGGACAAACCGGACUUGUGAGUCCUAA